GCGUGAUGUGCGCAAGAAUUCCAGGUCUCUAAAGGAAAAAAAAACAUUUCAAAUCGCUCGACUCACAUUUCCGAGCUAGUUUUUUUGUGAAUAAGCAAUCGAGUCGACCGAGAACUCAGGCUAAUCUUGAAAAAGGACAAGCUCUGUCUUAGAUCAGUAGCAUAGUGGAUUUUAAAAGUAGCGACCUCGUGUUUCUUUCUUUUAUAUGGAUACCACAACACUACACUUUGGCGAUGGCCAACUAGAAUCUAGUAUACCAUGGUGAAUGCCUGGACAUUUGUCAUCAAAUACGCCUGUUUUUCAGUCACUCUCUGCCGCGCCGCGCAGCCUGCCGUCGGACUACCCACUGGUGUCACGAUGAAGGAAGGACUGGGAAACAUGCGCUGCAGGUUGCCUGCUUUACGGAAAAUUGUCGGCGCGGGAGCUGGUCCGAAUUCCCGAACUCAAAAUUUUCUUGGCAGAGGUGUGGCUGCCGCGGGACUGCAAGAAGGAGGCUCGUGUAUUUGCUUUAACUUUUCAACUGUUUCUCAUUCAUGAAGAUAAAGCCUUUUGCUGUUUACACCUUCAGAGACCCAACAAGAUGAACCAUUGCAGUGCAUUAUUUGCCUGAUUUGAUGCACAAUUGAGACUACAGUCGAAUGAUCCAUCCACGACAGCGGGCACAGUGGACGUGCGCUUGGUCUGCGAACCGCUGCCGGACGACGGUGGGAAGUCCUGGUGUUGCCUACGUGCCUAUUGUCCGGAAACCAACAUUGAUAUCAGUGACGAGACUUUGUGUGAUCGGCUGCGGAACCGCUGUUUUUCUAUGAACCGCGGCAAGAGCCAGGGCAGCACGUCGCAGUGUGCAAUCAAUCAGGUCAGGAUGGUGCACACGCACUUGCAGCUCCCCGACGGAACGCCAUCAGCUGACCCGUACAUGUGUUUGCAGUUCUGGCACAAGGGACUUGUGGACAGCAGUGGCAACCGCAUUUCAGGCUCUUCGCCGCAGUUGCUUCUGGGCAUGCCUCUUUCGCUCGAAGGUGAUGAAAUCACCAUGGAUGGUGAGGCACAAGCAGUCGCUUUAGAAGAAAAAGAAACGCCAGAGGAUGUUUUUCGGCUGGAAUUCGGGAUGGGAAUUAGCAAGCGGACGCAAGAUGAGGUCCGCCUCUGCGAUAAUGUAAUUGCGGCCGGUCGGUCCGGCUACAUUGUCGCACCAGUUACCAACUACAAGUUCAGUUUCAUCAUCACGGGAGCGGAUAGUGAAAAUCGCGUUCCGCCUGUUUUGCUGGAUCUUCUCCACUCGAAUCUUCAUUGGAAUGGCGCCAUGCUGCAUGCGAUGAAACGCGGCGUUCCCGGGCCCCAACUCCGCACAUCAAAUCCCGACCACAUUGGUGUUUUCCAGGGACUGCAGGUGGUGGCAAAAUUCGGCCAAAUGCUGGAAUUCCUCGACUGUCGCGAGUACGAGUACAAAGGACGCGAUCCCCAGAUGCAAGGUUUCCGGAAUCUCCUGACAGACCGUCCGCUCAAGGUCUGGGUUUUUCGACGUUCCAUGGCCGCUGCAGAGGCGGGUAAGCCGUACGACGAUGAGGAUGCACAGACGCAACUGCGCGCCGAGUUGCAAGAAACCCGCCGUUUUUACCGCAUCGUAGAGCCCUGCGAUUAUGACACCUACGAUUGGGACACCGAUGCCGGACUCAGUUUUUUUCGCUUCGUGAUCGAGACCGGCUUUUCUCCGCAGGAAAUUUUGGACAUGGAAAUGCUCUCGCCAGAAAGUGCCGCAUCACUACGGGCGGAUGAAAUCGCAUUUCAAGAAAAAGUUGUAGCGCAGCCCUAUUUCGGUAGUGAAGCGCCGGCGUAGUCCAAAACCAGAAGCUGCUCACCCAAGAUGUUGUAUACGUACUUAAAGAAGCACUAGGCUAACGAAAGGCUUCUCAGAAACUUUUCCGGAGGAAAAAUAUUCUCUUAACACUUUACACUUUUGGGAGCACGCGUUGGCUGGCGACGACGCUUCCAAGACUGGUAUGUGAACACUGAAAGUUUUGUGAAGCCGCGCUCAUUCUUGGGUGCGAAAGCAAAUCUGGCUGCGAAUUUGUAGCGCCAAUCACAGUAGCUUUUUUUGGUCGGGAAUGAUAAAUGAAAUAUGGAAAGCGAGCGUCGACUGUCGACGUGGUUUUCAUUCUUUUGAAGCAAAAAAACCAGAGACCACAUCAUAAACGCAUCAUGCCGCCUCCUGCUUGAGACGGUCUGUUCCAAAAAAACAAAGAAGGCACGUUUUUUAAAAAGCUGGAUCUGAAAGCGAGUGCGCUCGUAUAGACGCGCUCGGACCGACGCGUCGACCUACCGUUGGAGAGUCUCAUUUCAAAACACGAACGCAGUGUGCAAGAUCCACCGGGGUCUUCCCUGUGUCGAC